AUGUGGACUCUAUAUCAAUCAAGUACCGAAAAUGGUGUUGGCCGAGCUGGUAUUGUUCGUUUACAAAAUGGCAUGAAUGGGAACCGUGUAGUAGGUAAGACAUGUGGCGGUGGUACUCGUACUCGUUUUCGUCAAAUGUGUUCAUUGCCUACGCGAGAUUUUACGUCGCAUAUGCAAGAGUGUGAUCGCACGAUAGAUGAUUUAAUUCAAAAAGAAAAUUGUUCUCAAACAUGUACAACAUUUGGUUAUUGGUCACAUGAUAAAAAUCAAUGUAUUUGUGAACAAGGAGUUGCUGGCACUUGCUGCGAUAAAGAUAUCGGCAUUUGGUCACAAUGGUCAUUGUGGUCUAGAUGUGGUCAAUCAAAGUGUGGCUUGUAUGGUGUACGUAAUCGAACACGUGUUUGCCAAUGGCAUACGAAUUUGGUGAAAGAAAAUGAGCAAACAGGAUGUGUUGGCGAUAGAUAUCAAUAUGAAAGUUGUUUGAAAGAAUGUGAUGGCGCUGAGUAUGAUGAUGAGUUUUUUGAAAAAAUGCCCAUGAAUAUAACAGUGGCUCUCGGAAAACAUGCUCAAUUCACAUGUAAACAAAAAAUUGGUACUAUAAAAUGGUUAUUUAAAGGUCAAGAUCUUAGUAGCCAACUGACUGGAAUCGAUUAUAUCAAAACUCUGACGAAUUUUACGCUAUUUAUUUAUCCGAUAUCCUCAAAUUUGGCUGGAUCAAAAAUCACUUGUCAAAUACUGACACCUGAUGGAGAAAGAAUUGAGCGGAAUGCUUAUAUAACAAUAGAAGAACAACUAAAAGAAGACAAUAAUAAAUGUGGUUUAUCGAAUCAAUUAGAGCCGGUAUAUUAUGUUCGUUAUGGCUCGAGUUUUUCCAUCCAAUGUUUGUCGAAAGCUGAUGAUACCUCCAUUAUUUGGGAGAAAAACGGUGCUACUAUAGUGGAUGAUGAUCGUAUAAAAGUUUUAUCUGAAAUGCUAUUUAUUGACACUGUUAACUGGUCUCACAAUGGAACAUAUUCAUGUACAUUACAAACACAAACACAAAUAGCAUGUAGGCAAACAUCGUUUUGGGUACUAAACAUAUUUGAACGGACAGAACAAGUUUCUUCUACAAUUCAUCCAAACUUACUAAAUUAUAUUGGUACAAGUGGUUCUGUGUUAAAUAGUGCCUCUCUAUGGCAUGUCACCAUCUCGUAUCGCGACUUAUCAAAUAAAUUUUCAUACGAUGCAUUUUGCUCCGGACUACUAUUAGAUGAAGACACUGUAUUAACUGUCUCAAAUUGUUUUCAUGAAACAUCUUCGCUUCUACAAAUGUUGAAACAGCAAAAUUUAAAUUAUGAGAAAUCAAAGAUAGUUCUCUAUGUGGGAAAAUAUGAUCGGUACAUAAAGUCGCUCUUUGAAAGAAGUUCAAAUGUUAGAGAAAUGGUGUUCAAUCAAGAAUAUGUUAUUAUUAAAACACAAUUACUUUAUUUAAGUGCUGAAGCAAGACCUUUACGAUUAGCUUUAAUGGAUGAUAUGAGAAAACUAACCGAUUUUCAAUUGUAUGCAACUGGUUGGGGACCUCUAGGAACAAAUAGCCAACAAUCGAUUAGGUUAAAAUAUGUUCAACAACAACUCAUCGACUGUAACAUAACAUCAUCGUCUUAUUUGUGUACAACAGCGGUGGGAUCGAAACUGGGUCCUAAUUUAUGCCCCGGAGAUACGGGCGGUGUGUUAUUUGCAUUGAGUAGAGACAAAAUAUUUGCAUUUGGGUUAGUUGAUCGAUUCCUAAAACCAUACUGUGAUCAAAGAAUAAAACAAGUAACAUCUAUUCUAAGAUUAGAUUCUAUAAAAGAUUGGAUUUUAACAAAUAAAUUACCUUAG